UGCUCCUUAAAUAGUAGUUUUUGUGAUCACAAAUGCCUUUCUAGAUAAUUGGUCAAGCAACUUGGAGCUGGAGGUAGUUCUCAAAACAAAAUUCAGUGGUAUCAGUCGUGCAGAAAGACGGGAUUUUGAAUUUAGGAGAACAUUCAGAAAAAGCGAUGGCGGAGCUUGUACCUGUUGGCACCAUCUUAGCUGUGCUUAGUAACCAGAUUAUUAAGACAGCAGUUGCUGCCAAGGAAGUACUUGAGAAGGAGAGUUUCAAGAUUCUAUCAAAGCAUCUUUUUAGCAUUCAGGUUGUUUUAGAGGAAUUGCAGUCCAAAAAGCUUGAUGACUCUCCAGCAACAAGGAAAGCUUUGGAAUCUAUUGAAAGCGAUGUCAAGAAGGCUAAUAACUUGGUUGAAAAAUACAAAAAUAAAGGUCGAUUUUAUUUGCUGAUUAAAUGCAGAAACAUUGUUAAGGAAGUACAGGAUAUCACGAGACAUAUUGGCAAGUCUUUGGCAGCUCUCUCAGUGGCUAAUAUAGAAGUGUUAUCAGGGAUGUCGGACCAGGUGAAUAGGUUACAAAAUGAAAUGCAAAGAGCAGAAUUGGAGGCUUCUCAUUCUCAGAAGCGGGUUGUCGACAAGUUGAAUCAAGCUCUUAAGGAUCAAAUACAAGAUCAAGAUUUUGCAAAUGACAUGCUCAAGGAAAUUGCAAGGGCUGUUGGAGUGCCAAUCGAACCUGCAGAAAUAAGUAAGGAGCUAGAAAGCUUUAAAAGAGAAAAAGAAGAGGCUGCUAACAGGAAAGAAAUGGCUGAAGUUUUCUUCUUGGAGCAGGUUAUCAAGUUGCUAUCUCAAGCUGAUGCUGCAAGAAAUUACGAGGAAGUCAGAAACCAGUAUUUUCAAAGGCUUAGAGUGAUUGAGUGCUAUGACCCGAAAGAACAAGCCAUCCAACCAUUUAAACCUUUUGUAUGUUGUAUAACAGGACAUGUGAUGCUUGAUCCUGUCAGCCUCUGCACUGGCACUGCAUGUGAGAGAACAGCUCUUGAAGCUUGGUUUAACAGUGGAGAAAAAACUGAUCCAGAAACAGGUGAAAUUCUUGAAGAUUGUUCAUAUAGGUCAAACCUUCGAUUGAGACAGUCUAUCCAAGAGUGGAGAGAGCUAAAUUAUUGUGUGAAAAUCAGAUCAUGCAACGAAAAAUUGCUUUCUGAGGCAGAUUCAUCAAUUAAAGAGGCGCUCAGCUGCAUGCAAGAGCUUAUUAAAGAGAGUUCAAUCAACAAGGAUUGGAUAUCCAUUGGAGGACUUACUGAGAUUUUGGUCUCUAUAAUUAGUCCAUUGCAUGAUGAUGACGUAAAUAUUCAGAAAAUGAAUGCGUUGAAUGACAUUGUUGAAGGGAAUGAAAGAAACAAGGAAAUAUUCAUUGAGAAUCAGGGGUUUUAUAAUGUCAUUCCAUACUUAGCAUUGGACUCCAGCGUAUCAAAGGCUGCAAUCAAUCUGCUCUAUGAGGUUUUGCAUGACUCAUCAGGGUGGAACACUGCUUAUUGCAAUGAUCUCUCUCAGCAGAAAAAUGCAAUUACGUUCCUUGUUGAACUUCUUAAAAGCCCAACAAGGGAGGUAGCUGAGAAAGCGGAAGCAAUUCUUAUGAAGCUCUGUGAUGAGGAGGAGAAUAUACUGAAGGCUGCCGAAGCACAUUGGUAUAAGCCACUUGUUGACAGAGUUAAUGAAGGACCAGCAUCUUCAAGAAUGUCAAUUGUGAGAGCACUUCUUAGUCUGGAAUUGGAUGAAGAUCAUAUAAAGCUUGUUGGUGCAGGAGUGAUAAGUCCUCUGCUGGAAAUGUUAGCUGAAAGUAUGGAAGUAAAAGAGUUGUCAUUAUCUGCACUUGUUAAAUUAUCAGGCAUACAUGAAAUCAAAAAGCUUAUUGCUGAUGCUGGUGGUGUCCGUCUGAUAUUGGAUCUAAUGUUCUCUUCUCACUUACGGACAGUUAUAAUUGCUAAGUGCUCUGAAAUCCUUAAAAAUCUUUCUUCUGAUGGUGAUGGAACUAAAUUCCUGGUCAAUGAAAACGGAAUGCAGCUGCAGUUGGAGCCUGUUAUCACCAACCUACUGGCUUAUCAACAAAAUCUUAUGAUAUCAGACAUUGUUCGUAGGCCUGCCUUGCAUGCACUUCUUCAAAUUUGUCAAUCAGAUGCAGGACUUGUUAAAACAGCAGUUUCAGCUAGUGGUGUUAGUGUCAUCCUUCCUCUUCUAGAUGACUCAAAUCAGGAAAUACGGGAAACAGCAAUUAAUCUUCUCUUCCUCUUCUCCCAGCAUGAACCCCAAGGAGUUGUUGAGUAUCUUCUUAAACCAAGAAGGCUAGAGGCUUUAGUUGGGUUUCUUGAGAAUGAGGAUAAAAGUGAUGUUCAGAUGGCUGCAGCUGGCUUAUUAGCUAACCUACCAAAAUCAGAAAUACGGCUUACUGAAAAAUUAAUUGAAAUAGGUGGACUGAAAGCAAUCGUAAGUAUCUUGAGAUCUGAAUCCAUUGAGGCGAAGGAAAAUGCUCUGAGUGCUCUCUUCAGGUUCACGGAUCCAACAAAUAUUCAGUUUCAGCAUUCUGUGGUUGACCUGGGUGCAUAUCCCUUGCUUGUAAGCUUUCUGAGGGAUGCUUCAGUGACAACGAAAGCAAGAGCAGCUGCUUUACUAGGUGAUCUUUCCAUGCGCAGUUCAGAGCUUUCUGUUAUGCCCAAAAUAGCUGGUUGCUGGUCUAUUCUCUGGACAAGGGGUAAAAUUUGUCCUGUGCAUGGGGUGGUCUGCAGUGUUACUACAACAUUCUGUUUAUUGGAGGCAAAUGCAUUGCCUGAAUUGGUUACACUCUUACAAGGAAAUGUCCAUGCCACAGCUUAUGAAGCUAUUCAAACGCUUUCCACCCUGGUUCGCGAAGAAUCUCCUCACCGAGGUGCCAAUGUCCUCCAUGAGAAUAAUGCAAUUAGACCCUUAGUAGAGGUUCUAAGUUGGGGACAAGAAUCGCUAAAGGCAGAGGCUUUAGGCCUUUUGGAGAAGAUUUUCAUGUCAAAGGAUAUGGUAGACUUGUACGGAUCAACAGCCAAGGUACCUCUUUUUGGUCUGACUGGACGCAGUAUACAUGAGGAGGGACAUCUUCAGAGAAAGGCAGCUAGAGUUCUGCUACUCAUUGAUCGCCACUCAAGAUCAUCAACCUCUCUUGUUGCUGGAAUAAGUGAUUGAAAAAUACUUUCUAUUUUAUUUAGACAGAUUUUAUGCAAUACAGAUGCUUAAGAAUAUGGCCUGUACUGCUUCGAUGGAGGGGAAAAUUUCCAGAUUUUCUUUCUUGGUUUUCCCCUUCUUCUUCCCUGGUAAGUCCCUCUACAAAGCGUAAAACUUGGCAUUGCAACUAUGUAAUAGUUUCUCUCAUGAUCACCAUAAAGAUCUUCUGAUAGCACAAGUCUAGGUGGUUUAGAGCAUGUCUGUAUGCCCAAUGACUUUGCCUCAAGAUCAAAUGCUUCUCCAGGUCCUAGAGAACCAGUGCUUUUUUCUGAUAUACAGAUUAGGUUAGAAGUUUGUUCGGAUCAAUGGUUUCUGCAGUAAUUUGAAAUUUCAAUUGCACGGAACAAUGUACACA